UGCAGUACGUUGACUUUGUUUAACGUCUUUCCACAGAUGGCAUCAGGCUUUCCGUUUGCUUUGUUGCUCUGUUUGUCCAUCGGACUGUUGGCUCCAUCUUGUUAUGGACAAACCUCCUGCCCAGGUUCCUGCCCUCCUGGUUGGACUCAGUUCGGCUCUCGCUGUUUCAGCUUCAACAUCCAGAUAAAGAGUUGGACAGAUGCAGAGAACUUCUGCCAGUCUGAUGGUGGGAAUCUGGCUUCAGUCCACUCAGAAGAGGAAUAUAAAUUCCUCAAAACCUACAUUAACCAAGUGACCGGUGACAUCGAACGGACCUGGAUCGGAGGCUUUGACUCAGUGCAGCCGGGCGUGUGGAUGUGGUCUGAUGGAUCCCCAUUCGACUACACAAGCUGGGGUCCCGGGAAGCCUGACAACGCCGGCGGAGUUGAGCACUGUCUUGAGAACUAUCAGGACACAUGGAAUGACAAUUCGUGUCCCAAAACACAACCUUUCCUGUGCUCCAAGGACCUGUGAGGCCUCCCGCCAUCAUGAUCUCACUACAGCUCAUCUAUAAUCUCUAUCAUUGAUUCACUUUCAGUUUGUUCUGCAGACAGAAACAGCUCUCUGCUGACAGACUCACUUUCACUUGUUUAUUAUCUGAAGAGUUA